GUGGACGUGAUCAGCCUUGGAUAAAUGCAAGAAGUGAAUGCCAACCCCUUAUUUUCACCCCCACAAAUGUCUCUCCUCCCUUUAACCUUUUCUUAUUCUCUUCCUCCUCCAUAACCCACUUCCCAUAUGCCCUCCAAAACUUAGGGAUCUCUCUCUUUCUUCUUCUUUCAGACUUUGUGGGGUUUUUCUUUUUGGUUCAUUUUACAGAAGGGUCAUCUCUCGGUGGAGGACAACAUGGCGAACUCGGCAUCUGGGAUGGCAGUGCAUGAUGAGUGCAAGCUCAAGUUCUUGGAACUAAAAACAAAGAGAAAUCAUCGGUUCAUUGUCUUCAAGAUCGAUGAAAGGAUCCAACAAGUGAUGGUAGAGAAGUUGGGAAGCCCUGACGAGACCUAUGAGGACUUCACCAACAGCUUGCCUGCCGAUGAGUGUCGCUACGCUGUGUUUGAUUUCGACUUCACAACAGAUGAGAACUGCCAGAAGAGCAAGAUUUUCUUCAUUGCAUGGUCACCAGAUACAUCAAGGGUGAGGAGUAAGAUGCUGUAUGCAAGCUCCAAAGACAGAUUCAAGAGAGAGCUUGAUGGGAUCCAAGUUGAGUUGCAGGCAACAGAUCCUAGCGAAAUGAGCAUGGAUAUCAUAAAAGGCCGAGCUCUUUAGACCCUUGAGGCAUUGCUGUUUGGCGUCUCCAGUCUUGAGCCUUUUUCUAUUUUUAGAUUUCUUGACUUGUGUGGAUUGAAUAUGAACCAUUAGUAGGGUGUAAUACCAUUCAUUCUUCUGUUACAUUGAGGCUUAAAUUGUCGGGUUUUAAUGUGGUUGAUCCUCAUACCAAAGGACUUUUGCAAGAAGUUGCUGCUCCAUCCAUUUUUCUCUGAAUCUUUGUCUUCCGAAUUGCGCUUUUGUAUUUAGAACUUUUGAAGUAAAUACUGCUACUGUUGCAUUCA